AUGACAAUCCUACUGAACCAGCGCAACUCGCCGCUUGACGACGACCGCGUGCUCUGCGUCUUCCAUGCUGUGCAAGUACCCACGUGCCUCUUCAGCAAACUGAACAAUUACUUUUCCCAACCCACUAAGCUUACGGUCUUCAUCAGCGCUGGUAUUGUGAAGAUUGAGCACAACAUUUACGCCACUGAAAUCGUUGCGGCUGAUUUGGGCAUCGUGCAACGGAAUGAACACUCGGUAUUUCUUCACGAACCAGCCCACAAGACAACCCUUCAGUUUGAUUUUCCCUCGCCACUCGAAGCGCUCCACUUUGUUGGGACUGUCGACCUCCUCCAAUACAUUCACGCGUUGCGAGGGCCUCAAAUGGAUGCAGCUUCUUGCACUCUAGAGCACCACAUGAGGCAAACGCUCGACUACGCUGAGAUGCUGUGGGAACUGGACCUGUGGCGCCGGUCGGCGUCGUACUACUCGAUUCUGGAGACGCUGAGCUACGCGCUUCAGGAACUCCACUGUGACGACGUGCACUUCGGGGCGAUUCAGAAGAUGCUUGGGGCCCUGUGCGACAAAUUUGAGUGCGAUGCGUCCUUCGACCAGAUCAUUCAUGUGGACGGGCAGGAUUUCCACUGCAUAACCCCACUGUCUGUGCUUUUAGCCAAAAUCACGGCUCUUUUCACGCAUGUGUCGUCAUUUUGACUAAACCUUCGGCAUUAAUAAAAAAUAUAUCGGACA